GCGGUACGUUAAUGGACAUGAUAGUGAGAUCAGUCAAAUGGGAUAUUUUUUACAGAUUGGAUAGUUUUACAAAUCAAACAUCAAAUAAGCCAGUUUUUAGACCAAUCAGAAGAUCGAGAAAUUGACAUGCUAUAAAGGCUUCUUGAACCACGAACUGAAGUCUCUUAACCAAAACAUUGCUGCCUUACCAUGGGCACCCAGGGUAAACCACUGCCUACCCCGUUAGGGCGCCAAGCCUCAUUCUUGAGUUCGAGCUGCACCAGGACGAACUUGAGCCGAGGGCGUCUGAGGCCAGUUACCGCCUCGAAGGAGCUGAUCUUGGAUGAGGUCGAUUUUGAGGCCCCGAAGGUGGAAGUGAUCGCCGAGGAUGGUAGCAGCGAUGACUACGAUACUGACAUAGAAAUAGAUGAAAAAUGCGCCACGUCCCUUGAUUUGAAUGGUGCGGUGAUAUAUCGGCGGACUUGUCGGAAACUUGGUAUUCUUCCCAUCAAGUCGAUGGGCGCCAUGUUGGCCAAGUCCACCAUCCGCUUGCGGCACCGUGUAAUAGGACCCGUGGGUGCUCUGGCACUCUCCAAUGCGCUGCUGGUAAACGGAAAUGUCACUGUUUUACACAUCGAUGGGAACAACAUUGGACCCAAGGGCACGAGAUAUAUCUGCUGGAUGCUCUUGGAAAGUGAGAUCAAAGACUUGAGCCUCUCAGACAACAACAUCGGUCAAAUUGGAGCAGGAGCGAUAGCAGAGUGCCUAGCGCAAAACCGAACUUUAGUCAGAUUGAAUUUAUCAAGUAAUGAUCUUGGAAACGACGAAGCACAUUUCAUUUCGACGGCACUGAAGGUGAACCGGGACUUGGAUGAACUCGACUUGAGUAAAAACAGUUUCGGGGACGACUCUUGUUCAGCUCUUGGUUCGGCCAUAGGUAUAAAUGAAGGCCUACGGACAAUUGACUUAAGUUGGAACAAAAUACGAAUGAAGGGAACAGCCGCUCUAGUCAAAGGUUUACUGAGAAAUGAUACCCUCCGUUGCUUGAAGUUGUCGGGUAAUGGUGUAGCGAACGAAGGGGCGAAAUCAAUAGCACAGGUUAUAAGGAGGAACGCCACCAUUACUGAACUGGACAUUUGUGAAAACAGAAUAUUCGAUUCCGGACUCCUAGAUAUGUCAAAAGCUUUGAAGUUUAACAAGGAUCUUGAGGUAUUGAGGGUCGCAAACAACCCCAUUACGUCUUACGGUGCUCUAGGACUUUUAGAAUCACUGUGUAAGAAUAAAGAAAACGUUUUAAAGACACUAGAUAUUUCGACGACCCACAUCCACACCCAGGCGAUGGGCAAGAUCUCCACCAUCAAGGAAGAUAAUCCGGACUUUCAGUGUCUAUACGGUGGUACUUUGACAACACCCAUUAAUAAAUCGAUAGAGGUCCCCAUGACUGUCGCCCAAAUCGAAACUCUCAUGGAACAACUGGACAGGGACGGCGACGGUGAGAUUGACUUUGCCGAGUUGCUCCAGGGAGAGAGGGAGCUCACGAGGAAGCUCCUGAAGGCAGACAUGAAGAAGAAACAACGCGAAAGGCUGGAGAGGGAGAAACACAAAAAGGUGGCAACAGAAGCAGCUGAUGUUGAUCUCUAAAGCCCUAUCACCACAUAAGACUUUUACUGUCAAUCAAUCACUCGCCAAUCGUUGGUAGAUGUAGGCCUUGUGCGUGAUGCGCGACGUGAAACCAAAUGUGAUACUGUGCUGAUAACACGGACGUAAAGCACAUGUAUAACAUACUUAUCAGUAGACUGAGAGC